GCGAGCGUAACCAGUAAUAUUGUAGUGUGUGUAUAGUAUGUAGAAACAACAAAAACAUUUAAACCGGUUGUAAACAUUAAAUAUGUCAGAGAGGACAGCCACGCAAGCUGAGAUCCUGCGAUCUCAUCAAAGGGAUAAUGAUUUUAUAUCCCAGAUAAGUGAAAACCUUACAGACCUUCUCCAUAGAUACAAUUUGCACAGGAAUUUUUCACGUUUCAUGAAAUCUGAAAUACCAGCUAAACUGCUGUACUUCAUUGUAACUUCUGGCUUGGGAAAUCAGACUCUAGGGGAAGAGUACACUGGAAUCAUACAAGCUGAUUUAAUAACCUACAGAGUUCCUUCAUUGAUGAGAAGGGUUAUUGCAGCCAUACUAGAAUGUUUUGGAGAACAAAUGUUGAUGAGACUAUUGGAGAAGCUCCAGGUUAAAAUUAACAGACCUGACAGUGAUCUGAUGCCACAAGCCAAAGCAUUCCUUAAUACAUUCUUGAGCAAGUUGCGGAUGGUGCUUCCAAUUUUUAUUUUGGUUCAUAAGGGUCUGUUUUACAUCUAUGGAAGGUAUUACAGUAUAGGAAGGAGGCUCACUGGAGUGGACUAUCUCAAGGCAUAUGGACCUAGGCCACAUAGUAGUGUAAGCUGGGGCUUGAGGAUUUUGGGUUUUGCAACGAUAGCUCAGUGCUUGUGUAGACUCUGGCAAUAUAGAAAUGUCAAGGAUAAAAGUAUGAAUGAGGAGAAAGAGUUUGAAAACAUUUCUGGUGGUAGAUGCCAAUUGUGUUUGGAAAAAAUUCCAGACACUGCUACGCCAUGUGGCCAUUUGUUUUGCUGGUCUUGUUUGGCUGAAUGGCUACGAGCCAGAAACCGAUGUCCACUUUGCAGAGAAACUGUGUCCCCUACAAGGAUCAUUCCAUUAAUGAAUUUGUAAAGGAGAAAAAAAAAUCUUUGUAUAAAUAAUAAGGCCUGUUUAACAAAUCAGCAAAAAUGUGUACAUAUGUAAAUAAUUUUAUAUUUUAUUAAUUAGGCAAAGAUAAAUUAAAUAAUUAAAUUUUGUUACAAACUUUGUACUGCACAAGAAGCACAAAAAGCUUCUCAGUUUACAUGAUUAGGAAAAACAAGUAUAACGUAAUACAAUACUUCAAAAAACAUAAUAAAUAAUUACACUUUUCCUCUGAAUAAUAGUUUUGAUACCAUUCUAAAAACGUUUACUAGCACUUAAUAAAUAUCAAUAUCCAGUAAUUACGUUGUAUGUACAAAAAUAUUAAGUUUUAUUGUAUUUGCGUACGUACGGCACACUGCUCAUGCACCAGAGUUUGUUAAUUGCUUUUUUUUUGUUUUCUGAACUUUUCAAUAAACAAUAUUGUACAACAAUUUUUUUUGGUUAGUCUUUAAUUUACAUAAAAUUUUUUUAGAAAAACUUCAUGAAUACAACUGAUAUUUUUUCUG